GCUCCUGUAUGGUCUGGUUUAAGUUUCUCAAAAACAAAGUAAAAAUCGCAUCAGUGAGUUCCGCCAAUCAACACCAGGUGUUACUACCGGAAACUUGCUGCGGAGCACCAAAACAAGGCUGGGUUUGGUUUAUGAUUUGUCUACCAGAUACCGCCAUGUCAAACUUUUAUCGCCAGUCGCUGAUGCAGUGUCAGAUAGCAUUAUUGUCAAUCCCUUGCUGUUCAUGGUAUGGCCACAAAGUGACUUCAAAGUAACUCUCUUACCUUUAUCACCUGCAAAGGGAACUUUAAAAAAAAAAAUUUGCAUGCUGCGGUUAGUUGGACAGAUCAUCAUGGAGGAUUUAAAACUUUUUUAGGAUUUAGAUAUCGGAUACAAUGCAAUAACAAGGUAUCCAAGGGAAUCCCGAGGGGAAGCAGGACGUCAUAGCCCGGCCUCCUAUCUCUCAGGAGGAAUUGCUUACACUUUCAAAGAACACACCAAAGUGAAGUUCAAGGCGAAUAUUGGUGAUCAUAUUAACGGUUAUAAUUAGCCGUGGCUAAUGGAAUCAAUGCACUUUGAUGACAUUAUCGAACCAAGUAUCAAUCCACCAUGAUUUAGUUGGAUUUGUUUAAAUUUGUGAAGUCAUUCUCGGGAAACUUCGGGAGUAGUCGAUUAUCAAUUUUGAAAUUGCUGUGCGAAAGAACUUCGUCGUAGUAUGAUAUAUCAGCUUUGAUUGAUUCCAUUCAUGGUGUAUUCGACUGUAAGUGACUUUUCGGAUAAUGUUUAAAUCCUCGUACGUAAUCGGAUACUGUGGAUUUCAGGCGCGCUACUUAACAAUGUGUACCCAAUCGAUUGGUUGUCCCUCCAAUUGUUAGGUGUCAAAGUCAGAAUUGAAAAGUGUUGCUUCGAGCAAGACGAUACUCAUUCUUUCUCUCCAGUGGAUUUUCAUUUAGUGACCUAAGAGUCUAACACACAACCAAUAAAGAGUUGGCUAUUAAGCACCAGGUCGCGUUCAUAAACCGUUAAGCAAGCUCUUUGUCACUGAAAUCGACUGGCAAACGCAAAGGAAAGACACAAUACCUGCGACUUAAAGCAAUUUCACCAACACCUGUUCGAGAACGAUAUUGUCAGGCAUUUUUAAACUGUGGUCACAAAGACGGAUUGCUCAGACACUGACGUUAAUUAUUAUAGUAGCUGAAACUAAGUCUUAAAGCAUCUUCUUUAUGGACAAAGCUAUUCACCAAUUCUAGUUCCAAUGAAGAAAAAAACAUAAAUAAUCGUAUGACAAGAUUCUUCGUGAAGGAAUUAUACUACCAAUGAUUGUUUUGACUCCUUCUUUUUGCUUUGAGAAAGAUCUCACUGGAUAUCGUUUAACAGCUGAUGGGUGCUCCUUGCAAAUGGUGGUAUGUCUUCCUCGAAGUUUGAUUCAGUCUAUAACGUGUCUUAAAUGGCUUAUUACAACAAUAAACUGAUUCAAAUGUAAAUGAAACUACUCACAGAGGAAUUCACGAUGGCGGCGUCGAGUGGUGGAAAGGGCCAUGACCUUGAAUGGUAUUUCGAAUUUCUAGGUCAAGGUCGAUAUAUAUCGUGAUCCAGUGAUUAUCAAGUUGUACAGUUAUCAUUUCACGUACUUAGUCAUUCCACAUUUUCUCUCUGCUGGUAGUGCAUGCUGUUCAGGAGUUGAAAGUUGGUAUAUAUAUAAUCAAUUUUUACAUAUCUAAUACAGUUAACUAAUGUGUUGUUCUGCGGCGACAUUAACAAACUUCAUGUUCAACAGAUACGCGUGAUACAAACUCAGUAUCGCUCAGCUCAGUUAGUUACAUUGCUGGAUAGCAUAAGCAAUCUAUACAUCUUUUGGCCCCUUAUGUUUAGUAGUUUCUAACAAUUGCGGGGUUUAACGGAACCGCCACCAUUGAACUCAUACGAGCCAUCCACGGCAAGCCGCCGGCCAGCAUCUCACGAUUUCAAAGGCAACCCGUCUACAACCACAAAUACCGUCUCCACAUGCAACGGGCCGUGGCAGCCCACAGAGCAACCAGGGCAAAGCAACAGAAAAUGUUUAGAGAUCAUUCGAGGCAUGUACGCUUAGAAUCAAAAGACCCAGACGACAGUGCAGUUGACAACGAACUAAACGAAUUAAGCUUCAAGGAUAGAAUCAGGUUUGCUGCUAAGAAUAGGGUUUGGGAAAGUUUGGCUUAUAAGUUUUAUAAACGGAGACUCCUGUAUGUUUAUUUGGUCUCAACGCUCAUAUUCGCUGGAAUAGUAACGCUCAGGUUGACGGUAUCGAUUAACUUAGGUUUCAACGGGUCUGCGACGGAUGGUAGGAGGAACAGUACCUUCAUGACAAACGGUAGUUACCGCGGCAACAGGUCUGCAGGUUAUCCUUCGCCUUUCGUCACGUUCGCCAUCCUCAUGGCCAGAAACCAUAGUGACACUGUUGGAGAUGGGAAACAAUAUGGCUACGGAGAUGACGUGACGGAAGGGCCAGAUACAGACAGUUUUAACGAAACCGGGGAUGUGAGUCCGGCGGCUGGUACUGGUGAAUACGUUUACGGUGAAGAAGACACGCUACCACCGGAUAUAGAUUCUUCGGACGGAAAUGGAAGUGAUUAUUCACAGUCAGUCACGUCAAACAAUGCAGGGUUAGAAACCAAAGAAGGUAUCAGGACGUUUACUGGUGAAAACACGGAUUUUAGAACUAGUGAUCUUGCGAUCACGACCGAACCAGAAACGGCUUCUAACCCUAUGCAGAAUUCAAAUUUAGGUGUUAAAAGAAAGUUAUCAACUUUGAUACCGAAACUGUUCACUCGGACUAAGUUUGAGAUGGGUAAACGGACUACUGACUUCGGUAAUAACGCAGGGAUAUCUGAUGGAGUAUUUUCCAAACAGUCGACAACUGAUAUCCCGGCCGCUAAAGGGCAGCAUGUGACGACAACAGGACGUCAGUCAUCAGUGGCCAAUGCUGCAUCUGAACACUGGGAAAUAGUUCCGACUGCAAAUGCCUUUGAAAGGCAGGAGAGCAGCUCAAGUACUUUUGAGAAUACGAUUCACCCGACAGACUUUGGGGAUCUCACAGAUGCUGACGCUCCUGGUUAGUUUGAGUGUGUCAGUGAUUCUCAUGCUCUAGAUUUACAAAUAGAGAGUGGCAAUUUUUGCAGGCCAUUUCAUCAUAUUAUGAUACAUGUACAAAAAGCCUUUAAAAGGAAGAGAUUUGUUUUGCAAAUUCCUCUCUCGUUAUACGAUACUGAAUACAUUUCAAUUUCAAAUAUGUCCACACUCAGAUUACUUGGUCCACUAAAAGCCGUGGUCCCUUGUACCUGAGUGUCUAUGCCAGGCCAUGUAAAAUAUCCACAUAGAUGGAGAGGAGUCUAUAUAGACUCCAUACCUCAGGCAAAAAGAUCCAUUAGGGUUACUACGCCGGUAGUACUGAUACACGUACUAAUACCAAUACACCAUUUCUCUGUUUAAAGAAGUUUGACCUAUGUAUCGCAUUAACGUUGCUCUCCAGCAGUUGUGAGGAAGCAAUCUCGAUUAGACUCUUUUCACCUAGAGAAAUACACAGCGCUCUUCAUAACCGUUUCCCUGCAAUUUGCCUCGAAACAUCUGGUUAGCGUUACCAUGACGCUCUGUUAAAAGUCGUCGGAGUCAGUUUUCGCUUGAAGUCAUUAUAAAAAAGAGUUACAUUUCUCUUGGAUGUACAUACUAGGUUGCGUAGUGUAUUCAUUUUGUAUAUAACAAUGAAGAUAAGACGUACGGCAUUGUACGGAUCACAUAACUAACGCCGCCAUUAAAAGCACUCUCUCGUGUCAGCACUACCAAUGUCGCCUCAUUUGCCUCGCCACCACUGCCACCAGAAUCUUACAGAGUUUUACCUAGUGUACAUGAUAAGGCAGAUGAUGGAUAUGUUGCAUAUUUGGAGAUUGACACUGGCAAAUCUUGUUAAAAACAACUGGGCCCUGGGGCAUAACACAACUACACUGUUACCAAUCGAAGCCAUUUCAUCCCUCCGCGGUUUCGCUCAUGCAUAGCUAAUCGUAGUGUUGUUCAGGCAACAAUACAGCGGGGGUAAUAGUGUAUUAUGUAAUCACCCGUCGCUCCUUCUCAUUGUUCCAUUUUCCAGAUUACUGUAGCGAGCGAUAAUUUAUGUAUGAGCCAUGUCGCGUAAGAAUAGACUAAUUCUGUCUUCAAUUGUACACCGUAAUAUACGCAUCUCAUUUUUCUAUGCAAGUUUUAUUUGAUGCCUCCGAGCUUUCCUUGUAGAGGGUGUGGUGUCUCAAGAAAGUGUCCAACGCCAAGGACCAACAAAAUAGAUACGACCCGAUUAAGGUCGAAAAAGAGCUCCAGUUUCACAACCAAAGUAGUGUAUUUCGGUAAAAGAAGGUAUAGCCUAUACUAGGUGAACAAAAGUUUUUUUAAACCCACUAAGGACACUUUCUUGAUCAUCUAGUCAAAUGUACAUACUCUUUCUCUCUAGCCACGUGUAGGCCUAUUAGCUGAGCAUCUUCAAUGUUGAUGUUAUCAUGGAACACUUUUCAGAGUUAAGUUUUGAAGUUAUACCAGAGAUUGAAAUGUUUCAGGACCAAAAAUCAUCUGCUGGUGGAAUCCUCCUUGGUCGUACAUGUGCAUAUUGAGUGAAUGUUGUUAUAGUAUAUCUGUGGCGACCUGCAACAUUUAAUGAAUACACUGCGUAAAUAUACUCACAAUUAUAGCAGAUUUGCUGGACACUCUGUUAACAUAAUCACAGACUGUAAAGGGUGCUCAGUUGGCAUCCAAAUACUUAUCACGCUAAUAAGAAGAUCCAAUCAACCUGAAGCUAUAGCCGUUGGUUAAACAAGCCAUUUUGUCAAAGACAAUAUCACCAGGACACCUGUACUAUAUCAGUAUAUUCGUAAUAGUUAGGCUACACACCCAGAACCAAUUUCUCGUUACCCGCUGAACGGAAUCAGCAUGCGAUUGUCGUCAAUCCAUCAAAACGGAAGGAUACGGUCGUAAAUUUCCAAAGUAAUUUAGGAAAACUGCUCAUUUUAUGGCACGUGGCCAGUUAAUGAGAAAUAAUAUUGUCGCAAAUCAAAUAAGCAAGGAAAAACUUUGAUAAGGAAGUUGGGUCACAAACGGUGAUGCAUUGUUAUCUGUGUUAGCGUUGCUCAUGCGACUGCUUAAUUUAGCCUUGCCUUAAAUUAGUUAAGACAUUUUUUCUCUUUUCUUCAUAAAUACAUUGAAAACGCAGUUUCAUCUUGGAUUUGAUCGGCAGAAUCAGUAAGAAAUACAUGUAACACAGACUAGUCUUUAAUCAUCAAUGAAAGAUCCUAAAUUUGGAGUUUUUUCAGCAACAUGCUUAAAUACAAAUCUUCACAUUUGGUAGGAGCUAUCCUAAUCUUACUCGUGAUGUAAGCGUAGUGCAAGGUUAAUGAUAUUCAAUCUUCAUUGAGACAUAAGCGUGUAAAAUAUCUUUUUAAUA